GGCGGUUCCUUCUGAGGCGGCCGGCGGCGGUGGCGCGACUCGGGCGACGCGAGGCCUCCUCGGGCGGGCGGGGAAAGGGAGCCCGGGAGCAGAGAAGAGUUUCUGUCCUGGCCCUCCCCACUUUUCCCACCUUUGAUUUGCGCCCACGUUUUUAAAAGACCCAUCAAUACAAGGCCUUCCAGGCAUGCGCCAUCCAUCCCUGGAGGUUUCCAAGAAAAGAUUGGACAUUAGUCCAGGAUGGUAUAAAGACUCCUGCCUUGGUUGGAUUAGAAGACUUCCAAGGUCCCUUUCAGGCCUAUAAUUAAUUCUAUGAAGCUUUAUGGUGUUCUUGGAAAAUGUUGCACCUCUUGUGAAUUCUCUGAACCUUGGCAUUGUCAGCCCCUUUCUGUUGGGCCUGCCUUCUUUACAGUUGGCUCAGAUUAAGACCCAGUUGGCUCUUCAUCAGUUGAACUUGGUUGCUUCCAACUAUUCUGUAGCCUCCUCUCCUUUGUUAAAUGAGGCGUUCCUGAAACUAGCCAUGUUUAACCCUAGAGGAAACAUGCCGCAAAGGCCGAGGGGACCUAGCAUGCCUGAUCCAAUCCCGCGUGGGCCUUUUCACAGGCCGGGCCCUGGUCUUCAGAGGCAGCACCCACCUAAUUCUGAUGGAAUGCCCCAAAGGUUCAUGGGAUCAGAAAUGAGGACAGGAUUUCCAAGGCCAAACAUUCAGGUGCCUCAACACAGAAUGGACCCAAGACAAGCGGCAGAGAGAAUGAAUAUGGAGCAGCAGCAGCAACAUCAGCAGCAGAAGAUAGAAGGAUGUGGUUCUCAUUGGGACAGUCCGUUUCCCCCUGGAAAUAAUAGCCAGAGUCAGCCCAUCCCAGGAAGGAUGACCGACUAUCCCCCAACGGUGCAAAGCCGGUAUACCAACGAGAGCGCCUCAAGUAUCUUGGCGAGUUUUGGAUUGUCCAACGAAGACCUGGAAGAACUUAGCCGUUAUCCAGACGAUCAGCUGACCCCCGAAAACAUGCCUUUGAUUUUAAGGGACAUCCGUAUGAGGAAAAUGACUCAUCAGAUGCCAAGCCUGCCUCAUCAGAGCAGCGAAAAGGAGAACUUCCGCAGCGAGGAUGGCCGCGGCUCCAUGGUCAAGAGCAAAGUCAUUGAUUACGGGCACGAGAGCAAAUACGGGUAUGAUGAAGGACCCCUGGAGGUGAAGGUCUACGGUUCGGAGGGGUCCCCUAAGGACACCCUGAAAGGGUUCCAGACCCAGCAGACCCCACCAGCCGGCAUAACCAGCAAACAGAUGAAUGCCGUUGAGGAAUUAAUCCGCCAGAUGGGGUUCCAAAGAAGCACCCCGAGCACCCCGUCUUUUUUCUCCAUGGACACGCCAAGCAAGAUGUCUGGAUUGUGUGCUCCUUCCACGGGAACUGGGGUAGCUCCGGCAGUCCAGCCCAUCAUGCCGCCUGUGGGGCCGCCCCUACCUCGGCCUGCCAUGCCACCUGUUCGGCAGGCUUUGCCUCCCCCGUCUGUGGCUCGGCCCAUGAUGUCACCUAUGAACCAGGCGCCUCCGCCUCCCCCUCCUCCCCCUCCUCCUUUUGCACCUGAAAUGCUUGGGGGUAUGAACCGGCGUGAGAGGAUUCAUGAGGAAUCCAGACCGAGCCCUAGUGCUCCCCCCGAACCACCUCCUGCCCAUAAGUCUUUCCGGAAAGAGAUCGAUGGGCCUAUAAAGUCUCCAUUUGGGGUCGUGAAGGCCUCUUGGCUCCCUGUUUUUUCCAAGAUGGAUGCCCAGAAAAUGAAGAGGCUGCCCACUCCAUCAAUGAUGAAUGAUUAUUAUGCUGCGUCUCCGAGAAUAUUUCCACAUAUGUGUUCCCUAUGUAAUGUAGAAUGUAGACAUUUGAAGGAUUGGCUUCAGCAUCAGAAUUCUUCCACACACCUUGAAAGCUGCCGCCAGUUACGCCAACAAUAUCCUGACUGGAAUCCAGAAUCCCAUUCAUCAACAAAAAGACGAGAGGGCGACAGAAAUGAGAACAGCACACCCAGGCGGCGUUCUGCCAGUAUCAGCCCCAGGCGGUCGAGACGCUCCAGUUCUGGGCAUGCCAGACGUCGAACUCGGUCCCGAUCCAGGAGUCCCAGGCACAGGUUAAGCAGGCAAAGAAGUCGAAGUCCACGGCCACUGCCUAAUUUCAGACACAGGUCAAGGUCUCCAUGGCGACCUUACAACCCCAUUUCGUCAUUCCGAAGGUCUUCCAGCAGAGAGAGAGGCGCCAGACGAUAUAUUCAAUCUCCAGAUAAGGCCUUGGAAGCGGUGAUGAAAUGUUUGGGACCUCGCAUUGUUGAACACAUUCACAAACAAGCCUUCGGCCAGGGCUUUUCAGGAGGGAGAAGAACAUCACCGGAUUUUGAGGAUGGGAAGUCCGGAAAUCCUAGAUUUUCCCCAAAACCGUCCAAGAGAGAAGGACAGUCCCAACACAGCUCCUCCGAAAGUAAAACUAAGGUUCCUGAGGCUCCUGAGGGUCCUAGCAAAGAAGAGACCACAGCUGAGGGGAAAUCUAAGAAACCGCCUUCGGGAAUGCCAGUGAGUGAAGUGGAUAUUCUGGCCAGUAAGUUUUGGAGUAAACCCAGGAGUUUUGGGACUAUUCUUCAUAUAGCUGACUUGCCAGAAGAUGUUUUUACAGAUCAAGACAUUAAGAAAAUAGUCCAGCCUUUUGGAAAAGUUAGUGACAUCUUAGUUGACCGUUGUAAAAAGGAGGCUUACCUUGAAAUGAACUACAAGGAAGCAGUAAUAGCAGCUGUCAAAUACAAUGAAACCUCUCCUGUCCUCAUUAAUGGCAAGCGGGUAAAGAUAAGUGUGGCAGAAAAACCCAAAGCGGCUUCUACUCAGAGCCUAAACAUCACUUCCUUCUAUUUUCAGAGCAAAGGAAAUGAGAAGAAAGUUGCUCAGAAUAUCAAGGAUUCUGCCCCGAAUAAUAAGAAAGAGCAAAUUACAUCUGUGGUGAAAAAAACUGCUUCACUGUCUUCUGCCUCUAAAACCGAUACCAAGAAACCUGGAAAAGUUGUCAAAAGCGGGGAGACCAAGGUAGCCGCAAAAGCCAAGAAAACUAUAGAUGGCAAGAAACCCGGCCCCGUAAAAGAGAACGAGGCGGCUGACCCAGCAUCUUUGGAAGAGGGGAAGAAUCCUCCUAAGACGAAAAAACCAGCCGACUCCUCCAAACCCCUUGAGCCCAAGGCCAAAGAGCCUCUGAAGACCAGGAAGGCCGCAGAGCCCAAGGACAAAGAAGGGCUGAAGGUCAAGAAGACGGGGGAGUGCAAAGCAAAGGAACCUUUGAAGGCCAGGAAGGCCAUGGAUGCCAAGGCCAGAGAAUCUCUGAAGGCCAAGAAGGUCGUAGACAACAAGAAAGCUGGAGAAGCCAAGGCCAAGAAGGCUGCAGAGCCCAAGAAAGUGGGGGAGUCGGACGCCAAAGAACCCCUCAAGGCCAAGAAAGUAGCCGAAUCCAAGGAGUCUCCCAAGGAGCAGAAUGCUGGGGAGCCCAGCCAAGCCGGAGAAUCUCAGGACAAGGAAGCCAGCAAACCAGCAGACGCUCCAGAUAAGUCAGAAGCUGUUGAGAGUCCUGAAGCAGUUGAAUCUUCCGGCAAGGAUGCCGAAGAGAUGUGUGUCGUGAUGAUUUCCAGUUUCCCUGAGACUGGGCUCAGUCUGGAGGAGAUCCGAAACUUAACGAAGCCCUUUGGGAAAGUUAAAGAUAUUUUAAUUGUGUCUUCGCAUAAGAAGGCAUACGUAGAAAUAAGUCGCAAAUCUGCAGAUUCCAUGGUGAAAUUUUAUACCUGCUUCCCAAUGUGGGUGGAAAGGAACCAGCUCUGCAUUUCUCUGGUCCCUGAGCUGAAGGAUCUAAACGAGGAAGUUAUAUUUACUGCAAUGAUAAAAGAUGCAAAUCCAAGCGUAAACACGGAGACGCUGUACACCCAGUAUGUGCACCUGGGCAACCUGCCAGAUGAGGGCUACUCUGAGCUUGAGAUCCUUUGCGUCGGCCUUCGCUUUGGACGAGUGGAUCAUUACAUGGUGAUAACUAACAAGAACAAGGCCAUUUUCCAGCUGAACAGUGCCGAGUCCGCGGCGUCCAUGUGUCGCUUCUUAAAAAGAUAUCCUUACAGUUUGGGAGAAGUGGAGCUGACGGUCUCGCGCUCACCCAGAAUAGAACCUACAGCUGCUGAUGCUGUAAGAAAAGAAGUGAAAAAGCAAGAAGCGGGGCAAGAGAGCCCUGACUUGAAAACAAUUCCCGAAGGAUCAGGAGUGGUGCCCUCAUCUGCUGUUCCUCCCACGGAGGCCACGGAAGACCACGGUUCUGAUUCAGAGGCUAUCCCAAACACAGAGACUGAGCGCUUGGAUAGUGAGAAGAUGGGAGGGGAAGCAGCUUCCCAGCCUCUGAAGACCAAAGACUUGAAAGAAGACCCGGAAGCGUUAAAAAAAGACUUUGGGCUUGGCGCUCCAAGCACAGGCCAGGAUUCAAAGUCUUCAGACCUGAAAGCUGAAGAAGCCGGCACUUUGUCCUCCACUCUGGAAAAGGAAGAAAAAGAAACAGAUCGUCCUGACCCGGAAUUGCCGAGAAAGGCCUCUCCGCCUGGCGGAGAGAAGGCAAAGGAAGAAUUAGCUCCUGGGAAGGCAGAAGAAUUUCAAGGUGCCUCGAACGAAGAAACCACCGGAGCCCUCUCGGCCUCAGCCACGGAAGAAGAGACAAGGGCAGGCUUGGGGCCGGGCUCCACCGAAGCUGCCCUGCAGGAAAUGCCAAGUACUGACCCUCUCUCCAGUAACAGGUUGGCCUCUCCGGAAGCAGAUCGUCCUGAAGCCACCGUCGGCUUAGCAGAGACGCUUGCUCCCAGGGUGAAGGUGAAGGUGAAGGUGGAGGAAGAGUUGGAGGGCCCCUCUAGCGCCUCUCAGGUGACUGCGGAGGUAGCUGAGCCAGCAGCGGCGGAAACGAAGGAAAAGGUAAAGGCUCAGCUGCUGCAGAUGACCAGGGUUGAAGUGAUCCUGGAGAAGCUCCCUAAAGACUUGAUUUCAAGCGCUCAAGAAAUCAAACUGGAAGAGACCCCAGAAGAGAAGGCCAAGGUACAGAACCCCGAGGAAAUUGUGACGAAGACCCCGCAAGGGAAAGGACCGGGACAAGCUGAAGCCGAGGAAUCCUGCAAAGCGAGCGCGCCGGAGGCAGAGACUGUAGCCGACUCAGAGGCUGCUCCUGUCCCCAAGGCUUUGAACCCACCCAAGACCAGACUUUCGGCUCGAAGGAAAGAGAAGAAGCCGGCCGGCAAGCCGGCCACCAAGAGCCCAGGCGUAGCUGAGAAGACUCCGGCGCCCAAACCAACGAGUCAGCAAAGGCCGGCGAAUGGCCGGUCCAAUGUCCCAGAUAGCGCCAAGUCUAAGCUAAGCAUGAGUUCGGUGGUGGUUGCGUUAGGCGGUGGGAAGAGCUCCUCGCAGCAAGACAAGGACCCCCCGGCGGAGACCAAGGGGAGUCCAAAGCAGAGCCGAGAGCAAGACAGUAGAUCCUCCAACCUCAAGAGGGAUGCCGCCGGCAAUAAGGUGUCUGCUGAGAGAAAUACCCGAAGCUCUAAAAGCAAUCCUAAACCCAAAGAGGAAGAGGAGCUUUUUCCAUUUAAUUUGGAUGAGUUUGUGACCAUGGAUGAAGUUGUGGAUGAAGCUGAGCCCCCUCAGCCUAGGAAGAACCCCGUAAGGGGCAAAAGGAAGGAGCCCCCAAAGAAGAACCUUCCCUGCGAACCAAGCUCCAAGAGGAAGAAAGGCAAGGGGGUGGCUGGCCCCGCGGCUGAGAGCGAGGUCUCCUUCGUGACCUUGGAUGAAAUCGGAGAAGACGAAGGCGGGAUGGGCCAAGCGGACCUUCUGAGCUUAGAAGCCAUGACCGAUGACGGCCAGGGACUGGUCACGGUCGACGAAGUGAACGAAGAGGAGGAGCUGAUCGAUGAAGAUAUUAAAGAUCCACAGUCGCUGGUCACUUUGGACGAGAUCUCCGAGCAAGAGGACAUCACUCUCCCGGAGACGGCCAAGGGGCCUUUUGCUCCAGGGGAGAGCGAGCCGGAUCUUAAAACGGAGCCUUUAGUGACGGUGGAUGAGAUCGGAGAGGUGGAAGAGCUUCCCUUGAACCAGCUUUCCCAAUUCAAGGAUGAGGAGAUGCUCAAAUGCAAGGAAGACGAGAAAGGAGGGCUUGAAGACGCCGGAGAUUUUCUCUCUUCCCAGAUCCCGGACGAUCCCAGCAUUUUAGUCACAGUGGACGAGAUUCACGAAGACAGUGACGACCAGCCCUUGAUGACUAUAGACGAAGUGACCGAAGACGACGAAGACUUCUUGGAAGACUUCAACCGCCUGAAAGAAGAGUUUAGCUUUGUUACCGUCGACGAGGUGGGCAGCGAAGAGGAGGAGGAAGACAAACCCGGCACAUCCGCCAGCAGAAACUUGGAAGGAGCAACCAAAAUGGCACCGGAGGAAAGAGCCGAAGAGAACCUCCAGUCUUCUGUGGAAUCAGAAAACUUUAAAAUUCCAGCCAAGCCCCCACUAGAACGGAGGGAAAGCGCUCGGGGUGAACCUCUGGAGGGUGAAGCAUCUGCAGGCCACCUGGGGGGUUCUGAAGAUGAGAGCCCCGCGGAAGAGGAGGUAGAGCGAGGUAGGAAAAAGACUGAGCUAGAGCAUAAAGACAAGGAGGAAGGAAAAGACGUGGAGCAAACAGACACACUCACUGAAUCUGACUCAGGUUGCAAGCAGCUGCAGACAGAGCCGGUUGGGAACCAGAAGGAGGAGUCUUCCAGCAAGGGAAGCGACUCCCAGGAGGAGCAGCAAUCGCUCGGUGGGGUGAGGCCUGGAGAGGAUCCUGCGGCUGAAGCAAUCGAAAUGGAGGUGGAAGGAAGCUCAGCAGCCACUUCUGAGGAGGAGAGGAAGGGAGACGCUGUAGCGAUGCCAUCCCCAAGCCCCGGGAUUUCCACAGAGGGCAUGGCAGCUGGAGAACCACAGGCGGCAUCCAAACCAGCUGCCCAGAGCCCUGAGCUGAGCCCUGAUACGGUCUUGGGAAAGGACAGUGAGGCUGCUCCUUUGCAGCCCAGCGAAAAGCCUUGCAGAGAUCGGAUGGAAUCCAAAUGUGAAGAACCGGAAAGCAAACAGAGAAAAGUAGAUUCCUCAGAGAAACCGAAGCCUCCCAGCCAGCUGAAAGAUUUAGAUUUCCUUGUCCCCAAAGCCGGCUACUUUUGUCAGAUCUGCUCCUGCUUCUGUGUGGACGAAGCCUCUAUGAAGAGCCACUGCCAGUCUCAGCUUCACCAGCAGAACAUGGAGAAAUUCAUAAUCAAGAGCCCAGCAGAGGAGAAAGAAAAAGAAGAUACGGAAAAAGAGAGUUUAACGUGAUACGAAGACGGGAAGUGCCUCUGCAGAAUUUCAUUUAGGGUCCAGUUGCUUCUUUGUGUUCUGUUCCUGUUUUGUUUUGUUUUUUACUUGGUUCCUUUUGAAGAUUUUCAUGCCGUAUUCACUUCGGUUCCUUCAAGAAGUAGGCUAUUAAAAUUGUGUAGUGAUUUUGGUUCCUUCCACAGUAACAUUGGAAGUGCUUAAAUAAAUUCUUACCGUAGA